GUCUCUUGAGUUCUAUACUCUUGAUUAUAGUCAGUUAUUAUCUCUAGUCUUCAACAGUCUUUGGCAAUACAACGCAGAAGUCAAGGAAAUGUCUGUGAUGGAUCUGCUACAGCUUUACGAGUGGAUCGACAUCAAGUGCAUUUUAAUAUUUUUAUGUGUGUUUUUGUUAUUUAGUGAUUAUAUCCGAAAUAAACCUCCGAAAAACUUUCCUCCAGGACCCUGGUCUUUGCCGAUCAUUGGAGAUCUUCAUCAUAUCGAUCACACGAGAAUCCAUCUUCAGUUUUCAGAGUUUGCAAAAAAAUAUGGCAACAUCUUCAGCAUUAGAAUUGGUCCAAGAAUGGUUGUGUUGAAUGGGUAUAAACUAGUAAAGGAGGUGUAUGUACAACAAGGUGACAACCUCGCUGAUCGACCCAUUAUACCUUUAUUUGAGUUCUUUGAAAACAGAGGUUUAGUUGCCUCCAGUGGUUAUAAAUGGAAGCAACAGAGAAGAUUUGCACUUUCAACACUUAGGAAUUUUGGAUUGGGAAAGAAAAGCCUUGAACCAUCCAUCCACCUUGAAUGUCGCUUUUUCAAUGAAGCCAUUGCAAAUGAACAUGGUAGACCAUUUGAUCCUCAGGUCCUGCUGAACAACGCUGUGUCAAAUGUGAUCUGUGUCCUUGUGUUUGGUAAUCGAUUUGAGUACAGCGACAAUGAAUUCCAGUCUCUGUUGAAGAAGAUCAGUGAGGCUGUGUAUCUUGAGGGCGGCAUAUGUGCUCAACUUUAUAACAUGUUUCCAUGGAUCAUGAAGCGACUGCCUGGAUCACACCAGAAAAUAAUUGCUCUGUGGAUGGAGGUUAUUGACUUUGUUCGUGAGAAGGUGAAUACACACAGGGUGGACUAUGAUCCAUCAGAUCCUCGAGACUACAUCGACUCCUUCCUUAGUGAGAUGGAUAAAUUGAAAGACGACAAAGAUGCUGGGUUUGACAUAGAGAACUUGUGCUUCUGUACAAUGGAUCUAUUUGUGGCAGGAACUGAGACCACCAGCACCACCUUAUACUGGGGUCUUCUCUGCAUGAUCAAAUAUCCUGAGAUACAGGCUAAAGUUCAGGAGGAGAUUGAUCGUGUUGUGGGUGGGGAACGGCAGCCAUCUUUAUUUGACAAAGACAAGCUACCCUACACCAAUGCUGUCAUUCAUGAAAUCCAAAGAAUUGGAAAUAUACUUCCAAUAAACCUUGCCCGAGUUGUUGGGGAAACUACCCAGAUCGGAAAAUACUCUAUUCCAAAGGGCACGCUGGUUACUAGCAACUUGACGUCGGUGCUGUUUGAUGAAUCUGAGUGGGAGACACCGCAUUCUUUUAACCCAAAUCACUUCCUAGAUGCUGAGGGCAAAUUCAGGAGAAGAGAUGCAUUUUUGCCUUUUUCUAUAGGAAAGAGAGUUUGUCUUGGUGAGCAGCUGGCACGGAUGGAACUCUUUCUCUUUUUCUCCUCUCUGCUUCAGCGUUUCACGUUGUCUUCACCAGCAGGUGUGAAGCCCAGCUUGGAAUUUAAACUUGGAGCCACUCACUGUCCUCAGCCAUACAAAUUAUGUGCAGUGCCACGCUAAACAAUAACACACAAGGAUAUGUUUAUGGAUUGCUGAUGGUACAAAGUAGUUACAAGUUAUAAAAUUGUUCUUGUAAUUGUAGAACAGGAGUUGGCCACUGUAGAAUCAGUAGUAACUGUGAAUUUCAGUUUGCAUCCUUCUAAUGCAUAUGAAUACUGUAAGUAUAUAAAAAAGUAUGUGCUGGUUUAUGGAAAAGAAUAAUUUUAUAUCAGUUCUGAGUGGUGUGAGAUACCGCAUCAAAUUUUGUCUUCUUACCGCGGACCCUCUUGUCUCACACACACACACACACACACACACACACACACACAAAUCCUGCAAUUCAUCAUAACUUAUUUUUCAAAUAUUUGAACACUUUAAUACAAUGAAAACUGAGGUUUAUGCCAGUCAUACAACAGGUCCUUGGAGAUCAAACGUUCCUCUUUGGCAGCAUGUGAUAUGGCAGAAGAACUAUUUUUAGUUAUUUUGCUUAUCUGGAACGUGUCAGCAUUUGUUUUCUAUUUAAACCCACAGUUUAGCUAUUAAAGGCGCCUUAUAAAUAAUAAUGUAAGCCUAGGGAGCUUAUCGCCCCGUAGUUCUGUCCAAACUUUAGUACCUCUCUCUUUAGUACCAAAGUCCGUUUCACGUUUAUGAUUGUAUAUCAUGGGCGUAGAUUUAGGGUGGGACGCUAGGGACAUGUCCCUAGCAAUAUUCAGGGAAGACUGAAUUGUCCCUAGCAAUAAUUUCGACCAAACAAUUAAUCUGUAUUUAUAUAUAACCACUAAUGUCCUUCUUAUUCUUGUGUUUUCUAUUUUUUACUUAUUAUAUUUUUUUUCAGGAAUCAUUUAAAUGAGACUAGAAAUCUUUUGCAAUCCCGUUCUGUAAAAAUGACGCUCUAUGUGGUACACAAACGGUUAACAACUUUCGUUCUCUGCAAUGCCCGCCUCCGUAACUCACAUCGCUAAUAUGAUUGGCUUUGCAUUUCUUGAGUCCCGCCUCUCUAAUCUUAUUGCUAAUAUGAUUGGAUUAGCAUUUCUUGAGUCCCGCCUCUCAAAUUCUUUUUUUUUUAUUUUUUUUUUUUAUUAUUUGCAGUCAACAAUAGUACAAUGAGAAAUAUUCAAUCAAACAAAAGUAUACAAUUUUUAAAUCAACAAGCCAGAGUUAUUUAAAAUAAAUAAAUUAACAAAGAGAGAGAGAAGGAAAAAAAUGAUGUCAUUCAACUAGCAAUGUCAUAUUUGCUUGUAAUCAUGUGAGCUCUGUCAGAUUUUUUACUGUUACAGUUCUUUAGCAUAGUACAGUAAUUCUUAAGCUCAUUUUUAAAGUGCACGAAGUUUGGUUUGGAGUCAGACCAUUUUACCUUAUGAAUGUGAAAUUUCCCCAGUAAAAUCAACAUCUGAAUAAGAUAUUCCUUUUCUUUAUCAAGUGUUUGAUCAUUGAAGUAUAUUAAUAUGUCCAGUCCAGUUAGCUGUAAAACAAUGUUCAGUUUUUUCAUAAUAAAUCUUUCCAAUUCAACCCAAAACAUCUUUGUGUGUAUACAAUGAAAAAAUAAAUGAAAAAUGGUUUCCUUUUCACCUUGACAAAAACAACAUAAAUAAUCAAUAUCCAAUUUAAACCUUUCCAACACAUGCUUAACCGGGUAUAUCCUAUGCAUUAUUUUAAAAGAGACUUCUU